UUUUUUUUUUUUUGAAGUUUCUGUAGAAGAACCAAAUGAAGUCUUGUCUCCUUGAUUCUCUACAACCAAGGUUCCUUAAAUGGUCAGCAACGUGCAAACCACUAAAAAGUGGUGUGUAGGGAAUGGGGUGGUUGGGGAAGUAAAAGACUAAAGAAGGGUUGUUUUAAUAAUUUACCACAACACUUUAAACUAAUCAAAACUGUUUAAAUUUUACUCGUGGGUAUUAAUGGAUCCUAUGAAUGUUUUUUGGUGUUGUUUUAAAAAUCAAUAACAUACGUUAGUACUAUUUGCCCCACCCUUUGUGGUGUGGUGGUAUGGGUGUUGGUGUUUUCCAGCAUAAAAUAAAAAAAGUGAAUUUUAGGAGUAACAUAAUGGUGUAAAAUUUAGUUGUUAAAAAAAACUAGUAGUACUAUUUGAUUGGUAGAAUAUAAAUAUUAUAAAUGUUGCAUCAUAAAAGUUGUAAAAACUAUAUAAGGGUAUACGGGGCGCAUUCGGGGAGGCCAUCGGUGAACGAUUUCCCCGAUCGGGAACACCGCCGCCGUCCCCGCGGUAUCCCGAAUCGGGGCUGGAAAUGGGUGGGGGUUUACCGCUUGGAAAUGCACGAUGUUCGAGAUUUGACCGUUUACAAACGGUCGAAAUUUUAAAAAAAAAAAAAAAUCAAUUUUUUUUUAAAACAAUAUAUAUACUAACCAAUCUUAAUCCAUUUUUUACCACAUUCACAACAAACCAACACCAAAACUCUAAAACUUUUAUAUCUUUUAAACACAAAAUGGAUUCCAAGUUCCCGUUUCUUUCUCCCAUACCCGACUUUCCCGACGAUGACGAUACCGGGUCAAGCGAUAGUAGCUUAGUUUUCUUCCAAAAUCUCAUCCAACAAGCGGAGCUACUAGACACGGCAUCGUCUAGUAAAAAAAAAUAUGUCCGUCGGGAUCGUGUGGGGGGCCACGAGACACUCAUGGCCGAUUAUUUCGAUGAAAAUCCAAAAUUUAGUGAAGAUACUUUUCGUCACAGGUUUCGUAUGUCCAAGUCGUUGUUCCUAAAAAUUGUUAGUGACGUGCAAGCGUAUGACGAGUGGUUUCAAGAAGGCUUAGACGGGAGAAUGAAGAAAAGCUUUACACCGUUGCAAAAGGUUACUUCGGCAAUUAAACAACUUGCAACCGGUAACCCACCAGACGAGGGGGACGAGUAUUUAAAUAUGUCUGAAAGGACCUCUCGUGAGUGCCUUGAAUAUUUCUGCGAGACGGUUUGUAAAAGGUAUGGCGGUGAAUUCCUACGUAGACCAACGAGCCACGACAUCGCGCUAUUGUAUCAGGCUCAUGAGGAUAGGCAUCACCUACCUGGCAUGUUAGGGAGUCUCGAUUGUACACACUUUGUCUGGAGAAUGUGCCCCACAGAAUUGCGUGGACAAUACAUGAGAGGCGAUCAUCAAUACCCGACGGUUAUGUUAGAAGCGGUAGUGUCUCAAGAUUUGUGGAUUUGGCAUGCUUUUUGUGGGCCAGCGGGUUCACAAAACGAUAUCAACGUGCUGCAACAAUCUCCGUUAUUUCUUGCUCAACGAAAUGGAACGGCGCCAAAUUGUCCAUUUCAAGUGAACAACCAUUUAUACAAACGCGGGUAUUAUCUUACUGAUGGGAUCUACCCUACUUGGUCCGUGUUUGUGAAGUCUUUUCCAUAUCCACACGACCCGAACGAAAAAAAAUUCAAGAGGCAACACGAGGCCGCAAGAAAAGAUGUGGAACGGGCGUUUGGUGUGUUAAAGUCGAAGUGGGGAAUACUAAAUCGUCCAAUGCGUUCGAAAACGGUGAAAAAAAUAAGGUCCAUCGUGUAUACGUGCCUUAUUUUACACAACAUGAUUAUAAAAGACGACGGAAGGGCGAUAGCACCGGUUCAUAUUCAAGAUCCUCCAGUCGAACCCGUCUUCGAUGAUACAGCCUAUACGGAGCUCAUUGACGAAGACACGCAUUGGAGGCUAAAACACGAUCUCGUUGAGCAUCUCGGAAGUUUAGAUUUGCCUCACCUUGAAGUUGAUUCGGACGAGGAGUAGUUUGUUUUUAUAUUUUUUUAGGUUGAAUGUAUCUUUUUUUCUAGUUCGAAUGUUUUUUUUUUAAUUUAAUGAAAUGUCUUUUAUUUAAUUUUUAUUUUUACUAAUCUUUUUUUAAUUUAUAAAACAUGCAUUAUUUUAGAGAAUAAAAAAAAAAAAAAAAAA